UGGCGGGCGAUUCUAGGGCAGGAACAGUAGAAUUGAAGUGGUCUCUAGCUGGAAUGCGGGCGAGGUAGGCGCUGUGGAUCGGCCAAAGAUGGGAUGCUUCCAGGUCCACCAGAGCGAUGGCGAGAGGCGCAAGCGGAAGCGCCGGCGGAUCCUCUGGUGGUCGUUUAGCUUCGUGUUUUCGAGGAAUUCUGGCAGGUCGUCUUCGUCUGGCGGCUCCAGCGACUCCUCCGGGGAGCUCAACUGCCAAAGGCUCCAGGAACUAAGGCAGUUCACGCUGGCGGAGCUCAAGAGCGCAACCAGGAAUUUCUCCGCUGCCGAGAAGCUGGGAGAAGGCGGGUUUGGAUGUGUGUUUAGGGGCCAUAUCAAGUCCAAGAAGACGGACGAGAGGAUCGACGUUGCUGUGAAGCAGCUCAACGUAAAGGGUCAACAGGGCCAGAAGGAAUGGCUCAACGAAGUCACGUACUUGAGAAUGGUUGAUCAUCCAAACUUGGUGAAGCUCCUUGGAUAUUGUCUCGAGCACGAUGAUAGAGGACCGCAGUGUCUUCUCGUGUACGAGCUCAUGCCGAACAAGAGCCUGGAUGAUCAUAUAUUCCAGAGCCGAAGACCCGUGAUUCCAUGGGGCCAGAGGCUACAAAUUGCUCUAGGGACAGCGAGAGGCUUGGCCUACUUGCACGAAGAGAUGAAACCGCCUAUUAUUUACAGGGAUCUAAAGUCCGCCAACAUUCUUUUGGACAACGAGUUUAGACCGAAGCUUUCGGAUUUCGGAUUAGCUCGAGAUGGGCCUGUCAUGGGAAAUACGCACGUUACGACCGCGGUGGUGGGGACUGCGGGCUAUGCUGCUCCGGAGUAUGUUCAGACCGGGCAUAUCAAUGCCAAGAGUGAUGUUUGGACUUUUGGGAUGGUCCUUCUUGAGCUCUUGACAGGGCGAAGAGCCCUCGACAUGAACAGACCCCGCAGCGAGAGAAGCCUGGCCGACUGGGUGAAACCAUACUCCAGCGACAGCAAAAAGUUUCGAAAGAUAAUUGAUCCUCGUCUCAAGACCAACUUUUCCUCGAACGAAGCGAGGACUUUGCUGUGGGUCGCUCAGAAGUGCAUCGCGAAAAAUCCCAAGUUAAGGCCGAAAAUGAGUGAGGUCGUCAAACAACUUGAGGGAAUAUUGGUAGUAACAGCGCCAGUCGAGAAGCCGGCUGAGGUUCCCGAAGGAGCGAAAAGCAGAAACCAGUCUAUCGCAUCAAUGGCAGACAUCAUUGAGACGGAUGCAAGUCGAACGGACCUUUCAGGGGAGUAUAAUUUGGCCGAGGUGGCAAGAAUCUCUUCGGUUGGCACUAGCAAAUCUAUGGAAAGUGGUACCGGAUCAGGAGCACUUGAUGGCUCGUCUAAAGAGGUUAGUGGAGUUCAAGAAGGCACAGAAAUUUGUUCCAAUGAGAAAACGCAGAACGAAAAUGCGGUAGCUUUGGGUCGGGCUGAUGGUGAUUCGGCUACAGGAUUUGAUACUACUAACGCUGAAGUUCGCGGUCCGCCUAAUCAAGCCGCAGUGGAUCAUGUUGCUGUCGUGGACGAGAGUGACACGAAAGAAAAUCAGGAACCGGACAAAGAACGACGUGAUCCAGAAACGGACAUCUCAAGCGUUGAAGCUGCAAGCUCUGGAAAAGAUGUAGCAGUGGAUGACGUUAAAGUGGACGGCAGUGAGAAACACGAGGCUUUCAGAUGCUACAUCCCGGUCGAAACGACCUUAGGCGAAGACGCUGAUGUCGCCGUGGCGCCAAGAUUGAAACUUGAUAGCACCGAGGCUACCAGCGACGAGGAUGUAACAGAAUCCAACCAAGAAGAUCGUCCGGUGGAGGAAACCGAACACCAUGUUCCAGAACACAAUACUACAGAUGCUAGAAAAAGUUGCCAGGAAGCACCUGAAGAUAACCAUGCUCCAGAACACAAUACUGCAGAAGCCGAGGAUAGUAAAAGCCGCCAUGAGGAAGCAACAGAAGAUAACCAUGCUCCAGAACACAAUACUACAGAAGCUGAGGAUAGUAAAAGCCGCUAUGAGGAAGCAACUGAAGAUCAGCAUGCCACGGUGGAUAAAAGUGACGACGAUCUAAGUUCAACUCGGUUAGCCGAAAACAAUGCUCCAGGAGACGUAGAGACUGCAAAAUCUCCGAGAGACGAGGCUUUAGGCGAGGUGCCCUCGCUACAGGAGUCCCAACAGCGACAGAGCUGAGUUCUUCCAGCAUCGCCAGUAAAUUUCUAUCAGCGUCCUCGACGGCCUUGGCAGUGGCAGCCUUCAGCUGCUCCACUUUCGUCCUUAUCUCCUCUGCUCGACGUGACUUCCCGUCCAUGACGAGCUUAAUCACUCGCGCAAUCUCCUCCCGGGGUACCGAGUCAGUGUUCUUCACCGGAAGCUCGGCACCAAUCUUCCACUCGUCAACCAUGAGCCUGCAGUUGGUGUUCUGCUCCCCGGCCCAAGGCCACCCCAGCAUCGGGACUCCGCUCGAGAUGCUCUCCAGCAUCGAGUUCCAGCCGCAGUGAGUCAGGAAUCCGCCGGUGGAAGGGUGCUUGAGAACUUGAAGCUGCGGUGCCCAGGAUAUCACUCGUCCGCGAUCGCCAACACUCCGGCAAAAGGCGGUGAAAGACUCGUCGUCCAGGCCGCCUAUGACGAGCUGGGGCCUCACCACCCAGAGGAAAGGAACGUCGCGGCAACUGUCGAGAGCUCCCGCGAGCUCCCAGAACUGCGCCUGGGUGAGAACCGCGAUGCUGC